UCGAGUUUGUUGCCAAGUGCGUUCCCACGUACAAGAAAUCUGCCUUGGUGGUUGGUGCUUGAACAUGGAGGCGAGAAAGCCAGCGCCCAGAAAACGUGUCCGCUGCGACAGCACAGCGUCUGUGCCGCAGUUCACAAACUCGCCCACUAUGCUCGUGAUGGUCGGUCUGCCUGCCAGAGGAAAAACCUACAUCUCCAAAAAGCUGACACGUUACCUCAACUGGAUUGGGGUUCCCACUAAAGUGUUCAAUGUUGGACAGUACCGCAGGGAAGCCGUUCAAUCCUACAAGAGCUUUGAGUUUUUCCGUCCAGACAACGAAGAGGCCAUGAAGAUUCGCAAAGCUUGUGCAGUUGCUGCCUUACACGAUGUAGCUGUCUACUUCAGUCAGGAGCAGGGCCAAGUGGCGGUGUUUGAUGCCACAAACACAACGCGUGAAAGGAGGGAAGUCAUUCUGUCAUUCGCCAAAGAGAACGGCUACAAGGUGUUUUUCGUGGAGUCUGUGUGUGAUGAUCCUGAGAUCAUUGCUGAAAAUAUCAAGCAAGUGAAGCUCAGCAGCCCGGAUUACCUCGGCUGUGAUAAAGAGGAAGCCGUGAAAGAUUUUCUCAAGAGAAUUGAGUGCUAUAAGCUCACCUACGUCCCUCUGGAUGAAGACAAAGACAGACACCUGUCCUAUAUAAAGAUCUUUAACGUAGGCAGCAGGUAUUUGGUGAAUCGUGUUCAGGAUCACAUCCAGAGCCGGAUCGUUUAUUACCUGAUGAAUAUUCAUGUCACGCCACGUACCAUCUACCUGUGCAGGCAUGGAGAGAGCGAACUCAACCUGCUCGGCCGCAUCGGUGGCGAUUCGGGUCUCUCGCUGCGUGGAAAUAAGUUUGCGACGGCUCUGGGGAAGUACAUCAAGAGUCAGUGUAUCCUGGACCUGAAGAUCUGGACGAGUCACAUGAAGAGGACGAUCCAGACUGCCGAGGGAAUCGGGGUGCCAUAUGAACAGUGGAAAGCUCUCAACGAGAUUGAUGCAGGUGUGUGUGAGGAGAUGACGUAUGAAGAGAUUCAGGAACACUUUCCUGAAGAGUUUGCUCUGAGAGACCAAGACAAAUUUCGCUACCGUUACCCAAAGGGCGAGUCGUAUGAGGAUUUGGUUCACAGACUGGAGCCCGUGAUCAUGGAGCUGGAGCGUCAGGAGAAUGUUCUGGUCAUCUGUCACCAGGCCGUCAUGCGCUGUCUGCUUGCUUAUUUCCUGGACAAAAGUGCAGACGAACUGCCGUAUUUAAAAUGUCCUCUGCAUACCGUACUGAAGCUCACGCCUGUGGCUUACGGCUGUAAAGUCGAAUCAGUUUUCCUGAACAUUGAGGCAGUGAACACACACCGAGACAGGCCUGUGAACGUCAGCGUGGACCGAGAUGAUGAAGAUGCUCUCCUGACAGUUCCUGAACACAUCUAAAGGGCAAGAAGAAAAGACUGAGUCAUUUUUACAAGUAUAGUUAAAUCAGUUUGGAUUAGUUACAGUGAUUCAGGUGUAAUCAGUUAGUUAUGGCUGCUUUUGGGGGCUUUGGUAAACAGGACUGCAUUACAAGGUCAGGAAACAGAGGUUGGUCUGACCUUGAGUAGUAUUUACAGGGUAAACUACUGGAAUUGAUUUUCUGUGAUGCAGUGCCUAGUUGCAGGGAUGCAAAAGCGAUAUUAAAAUCACAAGUGAAGAUUCAUGGCGGAGUUUUAUCCCUAUAGUGACAGAUGAACCUGAUGUCCUGAGAGAGCAAAUCCAGCAGAAUGCAGAGUCAAAACCUUAAUAAUAAUAAUAAUAAUAAUAAUAAUAAUAAUAACAAUAAUAAUAAAUGUACAGACCCUGUCCAUUCUCCAUUUGUGGAAUGUAAUUGGUUAAUUAACACUCUAUACAUAUUUAGUAAUAAAUUGCACUAAUGAAUUAUUCAUAAGAAAUCACACGGUUUGUUGGUCAUGGAAACAGGAUAUUGGUGAAUAUUUCUCAUUUUAAAGGUGUUAAGCGGCGAUACAUUAUAACUUCUGUUUUUAUAUCCUGCCUCAUAAGGGUGGACGAUAUGACAAAAAUAUCACAUCACGAUACUCAAUAUGCUCGAUAUGAUACAAGAUAUGCAUCGCGAUAUUUAGGUUUGUUUACAAACUGACAGGGAAAAAGGAAAAAGAAAAAAGUUAAUUUGAUGAUACUUUUAUUUAAAGUCUGCAAAAAGCAAACAAACAAAACUUUAUACACUCACUGGCCACUUUAACCUUCAAGCGACCAAACUAUUUUAGCGACUAAUGUGACCGGGUGGGGUUAGACCCCGCUAUAUUCAGUACAUUAAUCUGUAUACAUAGUUAUUUUCUCUUGGUUUUACAUACAUAUACCACUUCCUGUGUUCAAGACAG